AUGCGUUGCUACUUAGCAGCACUAUGUGCCGCGCUUGCAGCAUUAGCAGUCGCUAAGGCUGCUGUGGCCGCCGACGCGCCUCGCGAACAAACAAAGGAUGAAUCGGACAUUGAAUUAACGGAGGAAGGAAAACGAGCGUGGGCCAGUUUACACGGAGGUGGCGGGUGGGGGAAACGGGGCUGGCAGGACAUGAGCUCGGCUUGGGGGAAACGGGGCUGGCAGGACCUUAACUCCGCCUGGGGAAAACGGGGCUGGCAAGAUCUGAAUUCCGCCUGGGGAAAGCGCGGAUGGCAAGAUUUGAAUUCCGCCUGGGGAAAGCGGGGCUGGCAAGACUUGAACACGGCGUGGGGCAAACGCGCUUGGAGGGACCUUUCACAGACUCCAUGGGGAAAGAGGGGCUGGCAAGACCUGAACUCUGCUUGGGGAAAACGGGGCUGGCAGGACAUGAGCUCUGCUUGGGGCAAGCGUGCACCAGAAAAAUGGUCCAAUUUCCACGGCUCGUGGGGCAAACGCAGCGGCCCUGAACCCGAUUACGAAGACUAUGAAGUCGUAUACGAACAUCUCAUGCCUUCACAGUUAGAUGGUGACAUGAUGGAAACUCCAGAGAAGAAAGCCUGGUCUUCCUUACACGGUGCUUGGGGCAAGAGACCAGUGAAGCAGGGGCAAUACAAUAGCGGAUCGUAUUACUGGAAGCGGGAACCCGGCUGGACCAAUUUAAGAGGGAUGUGGGGCAAGAGGUCAACGCAGAACGACCUGAUUGAGGAGAACGGUAACCUCCAGCCAGUAUAA